AUGUACAAGCAACGCGUUGCCAACUGCGCCUGCGAGGGUGGACCGCGGCUGGAGCCCAAACGACCGACCGAGCUGGGCGACAAAUUGUGUGCCAGCAGUGCUGGUGAGGUUAGCGGCCCCACCAUUUGUCGCAGUGAUGUCUUUCCCUUUGAAAAGGCCCCCUCCUCAUUGUCGCCAUGUUCCCCAGUGUCGCCAUGCUUCUCGCCCUCCAGCGAGCACUACCCCCAGACUCACCUGAUCCGGCAUCGUUCGGAGAGCAGUCACAUUAACUAUCCCAAGACUCAAGCCAGUUCAACUGACACCGCGCUACCUCAUUCAAUCGCGGACUCCUCUGUUUGCCACAACUGUGGCAAGCCUGCUGGGAAUGCGCCCUCAAAGGUCUCCUUUUCGGUAGCCUGUUCCACCCACCAUGAGGACAAUGGCGACUAC